AUUCAUAAAUGUGGUGUGGAGAUAGUACAAAUGCAACUCUGUCUAAAGCUUUUGUCAUUUGCUCCACUCGUUCCUUCAUGGUAUGCCUCGUUAGUUUGUGUUGUAGAAUUGCUGUGUCUCAUCCACCAGCGCUGAGCGUCGGUAACACGGAAGUCAUCACUUUAUCAUGCAGUCACAUAUGCAUCCUGUAAAGAUGUUUCUUCAGUACUUGCUUCUAUUCCUUAUGCUCCCACUUUGCAGCUCCACUGACACCAUAACUCCCAACCAACCCUUCAGAGAUGGUGACCUUCUAGUCUCUAAACAGUCCAGGUUGGCUCUUGGCUUCUUAAGUCCUCGGAAUUCUACACUCAUGUGUGAUCCACAAACGUUUCAAUCUCAUCAGUCAACGCUACUGUGGCUCAGAUGUUAGAUACCGGAAACCUAGUCUUCAUCCAAAACGAUGACAAGAGGGUUGUUUGGCAAGGCUUCGAUCACCCGACAGACACCAUGCUUCCCCACAUGAAGCUAGGACUUGACCGGAGAACCGGGUUGAAUCGGUUCUUAACAUCUUGGAAGUCACCGGAAGACCCGGGAACCGGUGAAUACUCGUUUAAGUUGGAUGUGAGUGGAUCUCCUCAACUGUUCUUGUCUAUGGGUUCCGAGUGGAUUUGGCGAACGGGCCCCUGGAACGGUCUUGGAUUCGUGGGUGUGCCGGAGAUGUUAACUACCUUCAUAUUCGACAUCCGGUUUUGGAACACUGUGGAUGAGGUCUCGAUGGAAUUCACCCUCGUGAAUUCUUCUACUUUCUCAAGCAUUAAGUUGGGCAGUGAUGGACUCUACCAGCGCUACACGUUGGACGAACGAAACCACCAAUUGGUAGCGAUCUGGUCGGCGGCGAGGGACCCCUGCGACAACUACGGUCGGUGUGGGCUCAACAGCAACUGCGACGUCUACACAGGAGCUGGCUUUGAGUGCACAUGCCUUGCGGGAUUCGAGCCCAAGUCGCAACGUGACUGGUCCUUGAGAGACGGGUCGGGUGGGUGUGUGAGGAUCCAAGGCACGAAUACCUGUAGGAGUGGGGAAGGGUUCAUAAAAAUAGCAGGUGUGAAGCCACCAGAUGCAUCGACGGCACGUGUUAACGAGAGUUUGAACUUGGAAGGCUGUAAAAAGGAGUGCUUGAAUGACUGUAACUGCCGUGCAUACGCUAGCGCUGAUGUGAGCACAGGAGGAAGUGGGUGCUUGUCUUGGUACGGGGAUUUAAUGGACAUAAGAACCUUAGCCCAAGGGGGCCAAGAUUUAUUUGUUCGCGUGGAUGCUAUUAUUUUAGAUGAAACAAAAAAAUCAAUGUUGGCAUGGAAUAAGCGCUUUGAAAUCAUUAUUGGAAUUGCUUAAGGGACCUUAUAUCUUCAUCAAGACUCAAGAUUAAGAAUCAUACAUAGACCUAAAAGCAAGCAAUAUUCUAUUAGACAUUGAUAUGAUCCCAAAAAUUUCAGAUUUUGAUAUGGCUAGAUUAUUUGGCAAGAAUCAAAUUAAAGGAAGCACAAAUCGGGUUGUUGGAACAUAGUGAGUAUUAUAUAUAAGGUAGUAAUAAGGAACACAUG